UUUAUAUUUAUUCCUGAUUACAUUCUUGAGGGAGCUUAUAAAUUCCUAGUUUAUAAACGAGAUGAGGAAGAUGUGUAAAAACGGACCGGUCGUAACAGCUGCCAUGACCGUUUUCGAAACCCAUCGACAAAACUAUAACAAUAACAACAACGCGUGUAAAGCGAAAGAGAAGACUCCUAUCCCGGAUUACCGCAGAAAUAACUCUCGUUCCCCAACAGAUGAAACUAAAAAUAAAAACGGUUGUUUAGUUGACGAAAUUAGUUUUGAAUCCGCCGUCAGGAAUUUCGAUAGCAUCGCGGAAGACGUCCAGAAAUUCUGUUCUACGGAUUCACUCAAACGCAGAGGCGGCCAUUCGAUCAUCAAGACGGAUUCUCAAUCGGACACCAUCAACAUCACGCAAGAUACGCGAGAUUUUGUCGAAGACGACGCGUACGGGAAUGAUGUGAUCGCGAAGGGCGGCGCGCCAGGGACAGGGAGUGAAUCGAACAGUGACGAAAGUAGAGAUUGUAGUGCGAGUGAGACGUCGGAUAGUGAAGAAGAGAAGGAACAUUUGAUCGGGGAGCUAGAAACCAUCACGGAGGAAUUAUCCGGUACGCAAUCUGGUCAAGGUCAAGAAGAUGACUCCAGCGUGGAAGACGAUUCAACCUUGAAAGGACAGAAGAACCAAGUAUGGUCCGAAGCUUACUCCAGCCAAGGCUCUACGUCAGAUCUGUCUUCGUCUUCUUCGGAACACCAAACCAAUUUAAGAGAUAGCUCCACGCGCUGCAACAGCGACUUCCAAUGGAUCCGUAAGCAACCCACAGAAAGUCCGCCCCCUAAAAUGGACGAGGUCGAACCCAUCCCCAGUACCAAACCCCCUUUGAAUCGCCCCGUCCGCGAGAAAACACCUCGCAAAGAUAAACCAACGACGGAGAGCCUGGACCGGAGAAAAAUGCACCAGAAUAGAGCGGAACGAGACCACAAAUCGCGAUCGCACAUUCUGAAAAGUCCUCCGAGGUUAGACGACUUCACCGGUGGCGGAUGUCAAAGCUGGUGUUGCAAUCCGCACGAAUUCUGUUUCGAUGGUUUCCAAAGAAGACACGAAAGGUUGGAUCCUCAGAGGUACGGCAGCAAUCCCACGCUGGAAAGAAACCAACAUCAACGGUUCGCCGCUGAGAGGGGCAGUCAUCCAGAUAUUUACGGAGAUUUUUCUAGGUAUCGGCACGAAAUGCAGUGCUGUUCUUACCAUAUGGCCCCAAUUGUUCCUCCUUGUUGCUAUUACGGAGAAAGGAGUCACCAUUGGGCUCCACCACCACCUUCUUACACUAAGCCCGCUGAAACGGACGAAAAGUUCAGAAAACUUCAGUAUGAAAAAGAUAACCUUCAGCUACAAGUUCAAGUAUUGUCAGACCAAAUCGAGGCUCAAUCAGACAAGAUAUCAGACCUAGAAAAAAUGCUGUAUGAACGAAAACAACAGUUAUCUGAGACUGAAGACAAAUUACAAAGGGAAAUCUUGUCUAGGUCCUCUCUAGAAACGCAAAAACUGGAAUUGAUGUCGAUAGUCAGCGAGCUAAAGCUGCAGCAAGCCGCUCUAGAGCGCGAAAACUUGGAAUUGCGUAACACUCACUACAAUAAUAACACCGAUCCGAAGAAACCACCGAUUAUACCAAGAAUGUCUUCUCAACCGGCACUUACGUCGACGCCGGUACAACAUGGUGCUAACCAGCGACUGAAUAGAGUAUCACCGUCUCCUAGUCCGGUGACGAUAGCAGCUAAUAGUUCAGGAAGGAUAGACAUGUCGGCGUCUUAUCCAGAUGCUCAUCAAAGACCAAAGACUCCUCCCGCCAAUUUCAAACGCCAGAUCGACGUCCACUACGGCAGUCUUCCGCGUCAGCAGUUCCUGAUGAACGGCAACGCGAGCGGCGUGGACAACAACGCCAAUCCGGCAGCUAACGGAAAUAAAAAAGGAGUAGUCUUCGGUAGGGGAUUUUAUUCUCUGGUAGGGGGCAGGCACAGGGGCUUCUCUGUACCGAAUCUAGCGGAAACAGAAAAAGUCGUCAUUGAAGACGGAUCCGUCGAAUCGCCCGGUUCUCCCAAUAUCUCCUUUAACAAAUCCAAAGGAAUCAAAAAGAUUUUUGGGAAAAUCAAACGGUCUGGCUCGGGCAAUUUGGAGGAUAUUCCCGGUCUGAGCGAAUUUCAACGAGGCGGCGUCAGGGCCACAGCUUCAGCUCGACUGGGAUGGAGCGAACCACAAAUCGUACAAAAACCGGACAAACCUUUCAGCGAAUGGGACACGGAGAACAUAUGCGACUGGUUGCAGGAUCUGGGGCUGGACAGUUACGUGCCCGAAGCCAAGCGGUGGGUACAGAACGGGCAGCACCUUCAGGAGGCCUCUAUCGGCGAAAUCGAGAAGGAGCUGAAUAUCAAGAAUCCGCUGCACAGGAAAAAGUUGCAGUUGGCGCUGAUCGAUACCCAAGCGAACGGAUCCAGUGAUCUUUAUUUGUCACAAGCAGGAAAACUGGAUACAGCUUGGGUCCUGCGAUGGUUGGACGACACGGGCUUGCCGCAGCACAAAGAAAACUUCCUUAUCAAUAGGGUGGACGGCCGCGUCCUUCACAGACUGACCAUGGACGAUUUGGCGCUCUUGCAUGUAACGUCCAUGCUUCACGUUGCCAGUAUUAAGAGGGGAAUCCAAGUAUUACGAGAGAAUAACUACGAGGCUGGAUGUUUGCAAAGGAGGUCUCUGCCCGACGAUCCAGAUCCGCCGACAUUUAAACAGAUUUCUCUAUGGACCACGCACAGGGUCAUGGAAUGGUUGAGGGCGGUCGACCUGGCGGAAUACGCCCCCAAUUUACGAGGAGCGGGCGUUCACGGCGGUCUCAUGGUGCUAGAACCCAAAUUCAACGCUGACUUGAUGGCGGCGCUGUUGUCAAUACCGCCGGGCAAAACUUUGCUACGGCGGCACCUGAAUACGCAUUUUAAAGAACUUUUGGGUAAGGAUAUUAUCCAAGAAAAACGAGAGGCGGAAUCGACGAUGGGGUAUGUUCCUUUGACUCCGUCGUUGAAACUUAAGGUAAAGGUACCAAAGAAAUCGCAGUUUUCUUUGAAAAGAAAAAAGUCGAAAGGGGAAGCCGACUACGGAGAUCUGGUUUGUCCGUUGAAUCCAGAAAAAACAGGUGAAAUGACAGGUCUUAACAGCUCGACGGGU